AUGAAGAGUGACGAGAGCGAACGUACUGAGGUCGAUGCCCAUCUGAAAACAGAUGAGGAGGCGGCCAAGCUGCGGUUACCUGAAUUACAGGAAGAUUUGGUCGACUGGAGCGGUCCAGAUGACCCCGAGAACCCCGUAAACUGGCGUGCGGCCAAGAGUUUUGGUCAUGUUGUGAUUGUGGCCGUCUUAUCAAUGGGAGACAAAACCCCCCAAUCUAACCAACAUACUAGCAACAUCGCCUCAACCAUGGUCGCUCCGGCAAUGGGGGGCGUCGUGAAAGACUUGGAGAUCACUAACACGACCCUUGCAACUUUGAUCGUCAGUAUCUAUCUACUGGGGUUCGCAUUAGGUCCCCUCAUCAUUUCCUCGCUCUCCGAGGUGUACGGGCGCCUCAUCGUCUAUCACGUAUGCAAUUUUAUCUUUGUCAUUUUUGUUGUCGCCUGCGCCCUUAGUCAAACUACUGCUCAACUUAUGGUCUUCCGGUUUAUCACUGGCUGUGCGGGAGCGGCGCCACUUUCCCUCGGCGGUGGAACGAUCGCCGAUGUCAUCCCGAUUCAGAAACGCGGUGCGGCAGCCGCCUUGUUCGGCUUGGGCCCCCUUCUAGGACCAGUUCUAGGACCGGUGAUUGGGGGCUUCGUUGCACAAGGAAAGGGUUGGCGAUGGGUCUUUUGGGUGGUCGCGAUCCUCGGAGGGGCCGCGUCUAUCGGGACGCUUAUCUUCAUGCGCGAAACACACCCUAAUACCCUGUUGGAACGGAAAGCCGCCCACUUGCGAAGCGUAACUGGGAACCCUCACCUCCGGUCAAAACUCGAUCGCGGCCUCAAAGAGCAGCAGAUCAUUGUCGCCGCCCUCGUACGCCCCACCAAACUCUUGAUGUUCUCGCCGAUUGUGCUCGGCAUGUCCAUCUACGUGGCUCUCAUUUUCGGCCUUCUAUACCUCCUUUUUGCUACUUUCAGCAUGGUCUUCGAAGGCCAGUACGGAUUCACCACCGGCACUUCUGGUCUGGCCUACCUGGGCCUCGGCAUUGGUGAACUAGUAGGGCUAGUCACAUUUGGUAUUCUGAGUGACCGAAUCAUGAAGGAAAAAAUGGCGGCGGACAAUGUCCAGGAACCUAAGCCAGAAUACCGGCUAGUCCUGAUGAUGUGGUUCCCGCCAGUCAUUGGACCUGGGCUCUUCAUUUACGGCUGGACGGCAUACUACCAGGUUCAUUGGAUGGCUCCGAUUAUUGGAACUUUCAUUGUUGGGUUUGGCUCCUUCUUCGUGGUCAUGCCCUCCCAACUGUUUCUGGUGGAUCUGUUUGGGUCAGAAGCGGCGGCAUCUGCACUAGGGGCCAACAUUCUCCUCCGAUCGAUGUUCGGGGCUUUCUUGCCGCUUGCUGGAUCGCAUAUGUAUUCGACGCUCAACUACGGAUGGGGUAAUACGCUGUUAGGGUUCCUGGCCCUGGCAUUUGCACCGGUGCCAGUUCUGUUCUAUCGGUAUGGUGAAUUUUUGAGGAGUCGGACGACAGUCAAGCUGUAA